AUGAGGUACUUGCCUUUUCUUUUAUUAUCACGUGAUGGGAUCACAUGCUUUCAAAAAAAUUUUCCGAUCAUUAUUUCAAGAUGCGAUGCGAUGAGGUGCGAUGGGCUUCUCAUACACAGAAUUAAACUCUCAUUAAGCUCUCGGUCCAGCGCCACUAUACUUGAACUGUCUAUUGACAAUAACAACAGGACCAUGUCGAAGAGGUCAGCGCCAAUUGAGGAAAUAGUGGAAAAUGAUUCCCGUGUCGUUUCCAGCAAGCUAGAACCCAGCGGUGUGCCCGCAACGGCUGCUCCACCAUUAGUUGGGGACGACGUUGAGAUGGGCGAGUUCGAAGAUCAGUUCAGCGACGAGUUUGAAAGCGAUGGCGAAAUUAUUCAAAUGGAUGGGGAGGAGGACGAGGAGGACCAGGAUGUUGACGUUGACGGCCAAGUUGGCGGUCAAGAUGAGGCCUACCUCCAAAAAAAUGAAUUGCCAGCGCAAGGGUUGGUUGAAAAUGAUCAAUCUACCGAGCAGCAGCAGCAGUUGUAUUUGCCCCAUUUAUCCAAACCCUUGGGCCCAGAUGAGGUGCUCGAAGCAGACCCGACCGUUUACGAAAUGUUGCACAACGUGAAUAUGCCCUGGCCUUGCUUAACCCUCGAUAUCAUCCCAGAUCGUCUUGGGUCAGAGCGUAGAAACUAUCCCCAGUCACUUUUGAUGACGACAGCCACUCAAGCAUCCAGGAAGAAAGAAAAUGAACUAAUAUGUCUCAAGCUGUCUCAACUCAGCAAGACACUGGUCAAAGAAGAAAAUGAGGAAGAUGACGAUGAAGACGAAGAGGAUGAGGACGAGGAUCAAGACCCUAUAAUCGAGGAUGAGAAAAUUGCUCUCAAGGACACCACUAACAGACUAAGGGUAUCACCUUUCGCAUCACCAGAGUCGGGCGAAAAGCUCACCGCUGCCAUGUGCGAAAAUGGUGAGGUGAAUAUUUUUGAUUUGGGUCCGCAAUUCAAGGCUUUCGAAACUCCGGGCUAUCAACCACCUAAGGCAGCUAAAAGGCCCGUGCACACCAUUCGGAAUCACGGUUCUGUGGAAGGUUAUGCCUUGGAUUGGUCACCUCUACACAAGAGUGGGUCCUUGUUGACUGGUGACUGCUCUGGCAGAGUUUACCUGACUCAAAGGCAUACGUCUAGCUGGGUCACAGACAAGACUGCAUUUUCCGCCAACAACAAUAAAUCUAUCGAGGAUAUUCAGUUCUCGCGUACUGAAGCCACUGUCUUUGCAACUAGUGGAUGUGAUGGUUACAUUCGAAUCUGGGACACUAGAUCCAAAAAGCAUAAGCCUGCAAUUUCAGUUCAGGCGUCCAAGACAGACGUCAAUGUUAUAAGUUGGAACGAAAAAAUCGGAUAUCUACUAGCCAGCGGUGAUGACAGCGGAACGUGGGGUGUGUGGGACUUGAGACAGUUUUCACCUUCGACGGCCGCAUCCACUUCCCCUGUGGCUCAAUACAAUUUCCACAAGGGCGCAAUCACGUCAAUCGCUUUCAAUCCGCUGGAUGACUCGAUCAUUGCAGUCGCAAGCGAGGAUAACACUGUUACGCUCUGGGAUCUUUCGGUGGAGGCUGACGACGAAGAAAUCAAGCAGCAAGCUGCUGAAACUCAAGAGUUGCAAGAAAUUCCACCACAACUGUUGUUCGUACACUGGCAAAAGGAGGUCAAAGAUGUCAAAUGGCAUAAGCAAAUUCCAGGUUGCUUGGUAAGUACUGGUACCGAUGGAUUGAACAUAUGGAAAACCAUCAGUGUAUAA